AUGCGCUUCGUCCUACUCGCCACGUCCCUGGCAUCCCUCGCCGGCACCGUUCUCGCCAAGCCUGAGAAGAUCAGGGGCGUGACCGAUCCCGUCUACCACCUGUACCUCCAAGCCUACCCAAAAGACAAGUCGAUCCCCGUCCUGGGGCCCGAGGCGUCGGCAGAGUUCUUCAACAUUGCGGGAACCAUCCAGAGCGCCAACUCGAGCUCGUAUCUCAACAUUGGCGGCGAUGCUACGUCGUACAAGACUCUUUCGUUGAGCAACGCCUCCGGCACCAGCGCGUGGGGGCUCGAGGGUGAUACUAUCAUCACUACCCAGAGUAGUAGCUGGGGACGUCAGCUGAAUUUCUUGGUGUGUCAGCUGGAUACAAGCUAUUGGCAACUCUAUCUGCAGACCGGGAGUGAUGUGCCUAUCGGCAGGAACUGCAGCAAUUAUCAGACGAUCCAUCUGCCUUGCCUAUGCUAG